AUGGACACUUCGCGCCGUGAAACUGAACAGGCUCGCACCACCAAUCGCCUCGCCCAAGUCCAACAACAGCUCACCUCCACCGGAACAUCCCACCAACAACAACCACCCGCCACCAUGGCCGCGCGCGACCCCAUUACAUGCCAUUGCCUUAAUACUUUGACCGGCACUCCGGCUGCGAACCUCCCCGUGACAUUGACCCUGCUGUCCACCCCGGCUUCUGCCAGCCCCGUCACCUACCACGCCAUCACCAAUGCCGAUGGCCGUGUAGGCAAGUGGACACCCACCGGCGCAUCCACUUCGGUUCCCGAGAUUCUGUCUGCACUACCCACCGCUGAUAGCAAGACCAACUGGUCGGUACGCUUCGAGGUUGGACCUUGGUAUGAAGCCCAAGGAAUUGAGAGCUUUUGGCCUGAGGUCGAGGUCAAAUUCACCGUCAAGGGUCGUGGCCGCGAGGGCGAGGAGGGCUGGCGCCAUUACCACGUUCCCGUACUGCUGGGCCCUUGGAACUAUUCUACAUAUCGGGGUUCUUAA